AUGCUGGUUGGUAAUGUCUUUGUUUGCUUCAUUACUGCAUUUAGUUGCUUCACACUGCUGGAACUUGCUGAAUCUAAGCUGCCCCAAGAGGAAGUUGAUGCCCUCCAACAAAUUACUACCACAAUGGGCGCAAAAUAUUGGAGGUUUAACAAUGAUGCUUGCCGAAUUGAAAUGGUGGGUCUAAUGGAGAAGCCACCAAAGGGAGCCCAGAGCAACACUGAUUGUGAAUGCUACUUUGAGAACAACACUGUUUGUCAUGUCGUAAAACUAAUGCUCAAGGGUUAUAGUUUACCUGGUUUGCUUCCACCUCAACUGGUCAAGCUUCCUUACCUCAGAGAAAUUGAUUUUGCUUACAACUAUCUCAAUGGUUCAAUACCACUGGAAUGGGCUUCAACGAAACUAACUUAUAUUUCUGUUCUGGUCAAUCGCUUAUCAGGGCAAAUUCCAAAGGAGCUAGGAAACAUUACCACUCUGACAUACCUGAGCCUUGAAUCAAACCAAUUUUCUGGUGUUCUUCCUAUUGAGCUUGGGAACUUGAUCAAUUUGCAGACCUUGAUGCUUUCCUCCAAUCAGCUGACUGGAAACUUACCAGAGACGUUUUCUGGGAUAAGAACUUUGACAGAUUUCCGAAUAAAUGAUAACAACUUCAAUGGAACACUCCCUGAUUGGGUGCAGAACUGGAAACAACUCAGAAGAUUGGAAAUGCAUUCAAGCGGACUGGAGGGACCCAUUCCAUCAAAUAUUUCUCAAUUGAACAAUUUAAAUGAGUUGAGGAUUAGUGAUUUAAAUGGGCCAAUUCAGGAAUUUCCUUUGCUGAGAAAUAUGACAGGCAUAGUAAGAUUGGUUUUGAGGAACUGCAACAUUUUUGGGGAGAUCCCUGCAUAUAUCUGGUCCAUGAAGAAUCUGACGAUGUUGGAUGUCAGUUUCAACAAGUUAGUGGGUGAACUUUCAUCCACAAUAGGAGCUGUGCGUCUGAAAUUUGUCUUUUUGACUGGCAACCUGCUAAGUGGAAAUGUGCCACAGUCAAUCUUGCGAGAUGGAAAUAGCGUUGAUUUGUCAUACAAUAACUUCACGUUGCAAGGCCCACCGGAUUGUCAAGAAAACUUGAAUCUAAAUCUGAACUUGUACCGGAGCUCUUCGAAGGAGAACAACUCAAUGGGAAUUCUUCCAUGCUGGAAGAAUUUUAAGUGCUCACGAUAUUCAAAAUGUAUGCAUGUUAAUUGUGGUGGAGGUGACAUAACGUUCAAGGACGAGAAUAACACAAAGGUUUUGUAUGAAGGAGAUGGAGCAGUUGAAGGUGGUACUGCAAAAUAUUAUAGAAAUGACAGAAGUAUGUGGGGAUUUAGCAGCACUGGUGACUUCAUGGAUGACUACGAUUUACAGAAUACACGUUACUCUAUAUCUCUGGCAUCUUCGAAUCUCUCUGAAUUAUAUACAACAGCACGCAUAUCUCCAAUUUCACUUACUUAUUUCUUCUAUUGUUUAGAAAAUGGGAGUUACACUAUAACUCUCCAUUUUGCGGAGAUCAAGUUCACAAAUGACAAACGAUACAGUAGUCUGGGGAGGCGUAUUUUUGAUAUCUAUAUUCAGGAAAUAUUGGUGUGGAAGGAUUUCAAUAUUGAAGAUAAGGCAGGUAUGGCUCAAAAGAAGUUGGUUAAACAAGUACCUAAUGUCAAUGUGACAAGUAAUGUCUUAGAGAUCCGAUUCUAUUGGGCCGGAAAAGGGACAACGAGGACUCCUGAGAGAGGAGAUUAUGGUCCCCUUAUAUCAGCUAUUUCUGUGGUUUCCAAUCUUAAACCUUGUACAAAUGGUGGAAAUGCACGAACUAUUUAUAUUGUUGCUGGUGUUGCCGUUGGGGCACUAUGCCUAACACUCUUCAUACUGGCAAUCCUUUGGUGGAAAGGAUUCUUGCGAGGGAAAGGAGGGAGACAAAAAGGACAAGAUAUGCAGACAGGGACGUUUACUUUGAAACAAAUAAAAGUGGCCACUGAUGACUUUGAUCCUUCAAACAAGAUUGGAGAAGGUGGUUUUGGUCCUGUCUACAAGGGUCACUUACCUGAUGGUUCUUUGAUAGCAGUUAAGCAGCUUUCAUCCAACUCAAGGCAAGGAAACCGUGAAUUUUUAAAUGAGAUGGGCAUGAUAUCUUGCGUGCAACACCCAAAUCUAGUGAAACUGCAUGGAUGCUGUAUUGAAGGGGACCAACUAUUGCUGGUGUACGAGUACAUGGAAAACAAUAGUCUUGCACGCGCCUUAUUUGGCCGGGAAAACCCUCGGAUUAAACUGGACUGGCCUACGAGGCUUAAUAUCUGUACUGGGAUAGCACGAGGUCUAGCUUUUCUACAUGAAGAAUCAAGACUCAAGAUUGUUCACAGAGACAUAAAAGCUACUAACGUGCUCCUGGAUGGGGAUUUGAACCCUAAAAUAUCUGACUUUGGAUUGGCUAAGCUUGAUGAAGAGGAGAAAACACACAUUAGCACCAGAGUUGCUGGAACCAUAGGAUAUAUGGCGCCAGAAUAUGCACUAUGGGGUCGCUUGACCUAUAAGGCAGAUGUUUACAGCUUCGGAGUUGUUGUCUUGGAAAUCGUUAGCGGGAAGAACAACAGUUAUGCCCCAAGUGACAGUUGUGUCUGUCUCCUAGACUGGGCCUGUCAUUUGCAACAAACUGGAAACUUGAAGGAGCUGGUUGAUGAAAGGUUAGGGUAUGAAGUGAAUGGUCAAGAAGCAGAAGUAAUGGUUAAAGUUGGUCUGUUGUGCACAAAUGCGUCUCCAUCACUUAGGCCUACAAUGUCCGAGGUGGUGAGCAUGCUUGAAGGACGAACACCAGUCCCAGACGUUGCGAUCCCAGAAGCAAGUACGCAUUUGAUGUUCAAGGCUAUGAGAGAUGUCCAUGACCAAAGUCAAAAACAGAGUUUAGGCGGAAGCCAGUCCCAGAAUGCGACAACUAAGAUUACAUUUUGCUCUUCCUCUACCCCAGGCCAUGAUUUGAAUUAA